CGCCUCCCCCGGCCGGCCCUAAGGGGCGGCUCCAGUCCGGCCUGAGGCACCGCCCAACUCCCGCCCCUCGAGAGUGGGCUCGGGACUGAGCGGCUCUCGUGGCUCGGUGCGCGGGGCACCAUGCAGCAGCCGGGACCCGCCGGGACUAUCAACCGCGAGCCGGGCUGGUACCUGUCUGCCCGCGAGCAGGAAGGGGAGCAGGAGUCCGCCCCGUUGCUGCCUCCAGCCCCGCGGGGCAAUAGCGCUCUGAAUCAUGCAUCUUCAGGUGUUUCCUUUGGUUUCUCAGUAUUUAAUUUAAUGAAUGCAAUCAUGGGAAGUGGAAUACUUGGUUUAUCUUAUGCCAUGGCCAACACAGGGAUCAUUGGAUUUAGCAUCUUGCUGCUGAUUGUUGCCAGCCUUGCUUCUUACUCAGUAUUUCUGCUGCUUAGUAUGUGCAUUCAGACUGCUGUCACUUCUUAUGAAGAUCUUGGUCUCUUUGCAUUUGGAUCACCUGGGAAGGUUAUUGUGGGAAUUACGAUAAUUAUUCAGAAUAUUGGAGCUAUGUCAUCUUACCUUUUAAUUGUUAAAUCUGAACUGCCUGGUGCAAUUGCAGGAUUCAUAAGUGGAAAUGACAGCGGGUCAUGGUAUCUUGAUGGCAGAGUGCUGUUACUGAUUACUUCAGUCUGCAUUGUUUUUCCUCUUGCACUUCUUCCGAAAAUUGGCUUUCUUGGCUAUACAAGUAGUUUAUCAUUUUUCUUUAUGGUGUACUUUGCUCUUGUGGUUGUAAUAAAAAAAUGGUCCAUCCCUUGUCCACUGACAUUAAACAGCCCUAUAGAGAUCUUACAGAUUUCAAAUUCUACUGAGGAUUGUAAAGCAAAGCUCUUCCAUUUUUCUAAGGAGAGUGCUUAUGCCAUCCCAACCAUGGCCUUCUCGUUUCUCUGCCAUACCUCAGUAUUGCCCAUUUACUGUGAGCUCCAAAGUCCAUCGAAAAGCAGAAUGCAGAAUGUAACCAACACAGGAAUUGGUCUGAGUUUCCUACUCUAUUUUGUGUCUGCCUUGUUUGGGUACCUUACUUUUUAUGACAAAGUGGACUCAGAAUUACUGCAAGGUUACAGCAGGUACCUGCCGCAUGAUAUUGUCAUCAUGACUGUAAAAGUAGGCAUGUUAUUUGCUGUGAUUUUGACAGUGCCUCUAAUCCAUUUCCCUGCAAGGAAGGCUGUAAUGAUGAUAUUUUUAUCUCAUCUUCCUACUUCAUGGAUUUGCCAUAUCCUUGUCACUUUAGCACUCAAUGCAAUCAUUGUUUUGCUUGCAUUGUAUGUGCCCGACAUUAGAAAUGUAUUUGGAUUAGUUGGUUCUACCACAUCUACAUGUUUGCUCUUUGUGUAUCCUGGACUGUUUUAUCUUAAACUUAGCAGGGAGGACUUUAUAUCACGACAGAAGCUUGGGGCUUGUGCAUUGUUUAUUUUUGGCAUACUUGUUGGUCUCUUAAGUUUAGCCUUAAUCAUUUUCAAUUGGGUUAAUCAAUAAAAUCCCUUCCAUUGCUUCUUGGGCUGGACUUAAGAAAGACAAUGCGAGCAAAGACUUCCAGCAACAUAUUGCAAAUUCUCAACUGAAUGCUGGACAUCUUCAAGAAGAAACCCUUCAGGAGCCGUGUAUGAAACAAGUAACGUUUUGUUUGUUUACUCUCAUGUCUGUUUCUUUGACUGGUUUACUUCUUGCACAACUAAACUCUUCCCUUCUGCAAAUAUAUUAGUCUUAAAAUGACUUGACAUUGCCCAGAUGAAGAGGUCACUUUAUGAGAGGACAUUAUAUAGUGUGCUUACAAUGCAAAAAUAUUUUGUUUAAGGCUUUCAGAUUUUAAAGAGUCAGAGGUCUGCAUCUGAACCGGCCCUAGCACUCAGAGCUGAAAGGGGCUUAUUUCCUGUGUUCUGGCUUGGAUUCAGCUGAUUUCUCAUGAGAUGGGCAGAUUUUACAAAAACUUGUGCCAUUCAUAAUACUAGAAGUCUCACAACUGCAGUUAUAAAAGGAUUUGCAUCACUUUCAUUAAAAUAGCUUGCCAAAUUUUACUACCCUCGUAUUGAAAUCUUGAAACUGAUUGGUCUCCACACUGUUACCCUACCCAAUAGAAAGAUUUCCCCUCCCACCAGCAUGUUCCUCUAUUUGAAAUUUCACUUUAAAUUAUUUAUAGUUUAUACAUCAGUGUAUUUAGGCCUUCUUGGCAUGAGUCUGUCAAAUAAACUCUGUGCCCUUCUAGGAUAUUUGGUGUGUAUUUUGGAAGCGCUAGCAAUCAUUUUUAUUUUGCACUUAAGAUCUUCCAGCAUUUCCAUUACAAAUGUAUUAAAAGCAUUUAGAGGCCUGGUUUUUUGUUGUUGUUGUUGUUGUUGUUGUUGUUGUUUUUUUAAGCUCACUAAUUCUCACAGGUAUAACUUGGUUAGCUUCCACUAGAGAUACUCUCAUAAGUAUUACAGCAAGAAGGAACCAUUAUGAUCAUCUAGCCUGAUUUGCAUAAGACAGGCCAUAAAACUUCAUUUAAUGAUUCUGGCUUCUAGCUCAAUAAUUUCUGGUUGAACUUGAGUGUGUCUAAAUUUUACACUGGUGUAAAUUAGAGAAGAAUCAGACUCCAAGAGUGAAAUCCUGGCGCUAUUGAAGUUAAUGGGACUUUUUGUCAUAUAGGACCAGAGUUUCACCCCACUAAACUCUUGCGUAUCCCCUUAUGCACUCUUUAUGCUUAAAAUGAAAUCUGAAUGCCAUUUUCAGCACCAGUUGGACUUCCUCUGAGGUCUAAUCCACACAAUGCUGAACAUGGUAUUGGCAGCCCAGAGCCAACAUUGCUCACACCAGAGGAGCUGAAACAGUGAUAGGAAUGAUGGUCAAUUUUUAAAAAUGUCUUCGUUGUAGGGAAUAUCCUUUAAAAUGAAAACGCUCUAAUCUAUAGAUAGUAAAUUAAGACUCCACAGAAAUGAGACCUACAUAAAGUUAAGUAAUUAGACCUCAGACUGGAGCAGCAAGAUUUAGAGGCUUGGAAACUUCAUUAUUUCCAGAUGUGAUAUUUCUUUUAAACUGAUUUACUACUUACUUUUACAUCUGAAAUGUA